CAGCUCAAAUGUUCAAUGCAUGUACAUGUAAUUUAUACUGUCCCUCCCUCUUCCUCCCUAUUGUUAGUACAUGAGUCUGAAUUGAGUCACCAGCUUCAACACUUAGCGGAACAAGUUGACACUUUCUCUCAAGCUCAUCGUAUCAAAAACUCAAACAGGAAAAGAAAUUCGCUAAUCAAGGCUUUCUGUGAAUUUUACUAUCACCUCUCUCUCCUUCAAAACUUUCAAAAACUGAAUCACACUGGCUUCAGAAAGAUACUUAAGAAACACGACAAACUUGCAAGUUCAGAUCGUGGCAGCAAUUUUUCAAAGAAAAUGUCGGGAAAUCGUAUUUUCACAAAUCAAAAGAAAUCAACACCCUCAUUCGAAGAACUGAAGACAUUAUGAUAAAUCAACUGGAGAAUGGUAACCGCGGUCGAGCCAUGGCUAAGCUCCGUGUCCCCCCACUGGGUGGAGUCUCUUCACCGUGGGCUAUACUGGCCAGUGGGUGGCUAAUGGGAGCCAUUUUUAUAAUGGCAGUAGUCGCCAUUAUAGCUUGUGUAUAUCGGAACCGUAGUCCUUUACCAUGGUCCCCUGACACUGGCGUGUUACUGGGUCUUCGGUCUGGUUUCGUUCUUUCGGUUUGGUUCUUCUCUUUUGCCGUUAAUACUUACUUCUGGAGGUACU